GGAACCAUAUAAGGUGCAACCGGAAACAGAAAAAACAUCGAAUUCCAUGGCAAUUUACCUAAAGAACCUCUACACGAGGCUGCCUUUCACCAUCGUUGACUGAACAGUGUUGUCCACGAGUUAUAUUAAUCCAGAGAACGAGUCGUGCACCACCGAAGUUGCACAAGUUGUGUGUUGCCUCUUGCCAGUUGUAAUGUCAGUCGGUGCCACACAGUGCUGCUAAUGAUUGCACAACAUUAGCUAGCACCAUCAGAGACUCUUGCUGGCAAUAUCAGUGGAGGAAUCAGUAUGGAUGCGCUCUUGGUGUUCCUACUGCUGCUGGUCCCACUCUUGCUAUGGACCAGCAGCACUUUUGUUUUUUAUUUUAAAAAGUGUUUCUACGUGGCCUAUAUGAUGAUUUUGGCUGCGAUUGCGAUUCUGCUUAGUAUUCUGAAAAGCGGCGGCAGGGACAUCGAAAACAUGAGGGUGAUCCGCGCUCUGGUUCGUCACGUGAAGUACUUCCUGGGUCUGAGGUUUGACGUGAGCGGCUUGGAACACCUGCAAACAGAGGGACCCUACGUCAUCAUCUCCAACCACCAGAGCUCCCUGGACGUACUGGGUCUAAUGGAGGUCCUCCCAGAUCGCUGCACCAUGGUUGCCAAGAAGGAGCUGGUGUACGCUGGCACUGUGGGCAUCGUGUGCUGGCUGGGCGGCAUCGUCUUCAUCAACCGCAAGAAGACACGAGACGCCAAGAGUGUCAUGGCCGAAGCUGCCAAGACCAUGCUGGAUGACCAGAUCCGUCUGUGGGUGUUCCCGGAGGGUACGCGGAACCAGAGGGGCGACCUGUUGCCCUUCAAGAAGGGAGCCUUCCACCUGGCAGUGCAAGCGCAAGCUCCUAUCAUUCCCAUCGUGUUCUCCUCCUACAGUAACUUCUAUCUACGGAAAGAAAAGCAGUUCAACUCGGGGACCAUCACACUGAAGAUCCUUCCGAAGAUUGAGACGAAGGGCAUGACGUCAGACAACGUGGCCGACCUCUCCAACAAGUCCUACGACCUCAUGCGCUCCGUCUUCCUAGACAUCUCUGGCUCUGCCCCCGUAACCCAGAGCAACGGGCCCUCCUUGCGCCACUAAACAUGAACAACCUCCCUCCUCAUUUUCCUGUCCAAGACACCAAACCCCCCCCUUCUCUCCCCUCCACAUAGUCCCAGCUCCCUACCUACCUACCUACUCACAAAUUAAGUCAAAUAUAUUGGCACCCUCGCACUUUACAAUGGCGCAGAAUGUUCUGUUUUCUCUUUUCAAAACUGGUUGAAUGGAUAUGUCUUACCCUUAGGGCACCUGCAACUUACCACGGGUGAGAGAAAUGACACCGUAAACAAGAUAAUUGCUUCCAACCAACCAAAUUAAUUUAGUAUAAUUUAGUCCAGGCUAUCUUUUUUACUUUGAAAUGAACAAUCUCAAUUUUAGAAGAAGAAAAAAUGUAUUGGUCCUGUGCAGUUGUAAAUAAAACAAAUUCAUGUGUGUACACCAAAUGUUUUUUAAAUGUCAACUUAUCUUAAAAAACAUAGUGAAUCAUGCAAGGGUGCCAAUAUAUUUGAGUGUAUCUCUACCAGGACAGAACGCACACACCAGGUCUACGUCAUGAACUCUUCUCUGCUUUCUGAUGUGUUGGCCUGGUCCAGUUUGGUUCUGGUUGGUUCCUGGCCUAGCCCAGUACAUUCCGGCCGUGACCGCUCACUGCAGCAGGUUAGAACAGCAUGGAUGUGAUGUGGGUUCAUCAUGCAUUCCUUUUGGAUUGCUCUGUUGUCCAGCAUUUUGUUUUGUUUAUCUGUUUUUAAGUGGCUUUAUGGUUGUCUGAUUUUAUGGCAGUAGUUGUGCUUUUGCUAUUUUCCCUCUCCCUUCCUCCGGCUUGACUUUAGAUUUUCGUAAAUGUCGCCAGUGGAUAUUUAUAGCUUCUUCUGGUGCUGCCUAACCUCUUUUCUUAAUGCGCUCUCAGACAAUCGCAACACACAACCACCCUGCUUUAACAUGCACACACAACAGUUCCCCCUGCUCAACACCACAUCCCACCCAACCCCAGUGUAUCCUCCCCUGUUCUGCAUUCCAGCCUAUUGUCUCUGUGAAGAACAGGGGGAACAGGGGAGGUGGAGGGCAACAGAGGAGCGAGAUGAGAUCAACAGUAGUUGACUUAGGGACUUGUUCCUUAUCUGUGUCUCAGUGGAAUCCACUCUAUAUUGUUACUUACUUACAUACUGACCACACUGGCAUCUCAACCACCUUAUCACAAUAGCUCAAUGAUAUACUGUACCAUGCUUGAUAUACUGUACCAUGAUAUAAUGUACCACGCCAAACAACAAGGUAUACAACGAAGACAAGAACCAUCCUCAGUGAAUUCAUGGACUUUACUGGACUUAUCAGUUUCCAAACGUGCAUUUUUGGUUUACUACACAGAUUUUCUUCACUCUUAUUUUCUAUCCGCCUAAGAAAUAACCUGCAUGUAACAUUGAGCAAAGUGUUGUUGUUUUUUGCAGCUGUGUUCUAUAUUUCUCUUUAUUUAUAUCUACAUCAUAUGGUCUUGUGUUCAUUUUAUUUGUGUCUUAAAGUUCUGUUCUUUGUGCAUGGAGAACAUAUUUAAGAUGUAUAAAAGGUGAUUUUAUGAAGUGCAAUGUCCAACUGUUCAAUCUAAACUGCUCCAAAGUGUAAGAGGUCUAGGAUGUAUUCAUUACAUCUGGCAACGGAAACUGUUUUAAGAGCCAAACAAAGCAAAUGGAGCAAACUGAAUGAAACGGAGGGACCUACUUGAACUCUGGUUUUGUUGGAAAAAGUGUGCUAGUGCUUUAAAAGUAACACAUUGGGAAGUGAUCUAGAUGUAACACGGGUACACAAGUAACAUUUAUUUAUUACCUAAGUCUUGUGCAUUCUUUGCUUGGCCAAAUGUUCCUUAUUGUUACAUGGCAACUAUACUGAACAAAAAUAUAAAUGCAACAUGCAACAAUUUUAAAGAUUUUACUGAAUUACAGUUCAUAGAAGGAAAUCAGGAAAUAAGUUCAUUAGACACUAAUUUAUGGCUUUCACAUGACUGGGCAGGGGCACAUGGGUGGGCAUGGGAGGGCAUCGGCCCCCCCACUUGGGCGCAAGGCCCAGUCAGUCAGAAUCAGUUUUUCCCCACAAAAGGGCUUUAUUACAGACAGAAAUACUCCUCAGCACCCCUGCCUCCAGACGAGGUGAGGAAGCCAGAUGUGGAGGGCCUGAGCUGUUGUGGUUACACACAGUCUGCAGUUGUGAGCCAGUUGUACGUACUGCCAAAUUCUCUAAAUUGACACUGGAGGUGGCUUACGGUAGAUAAAUUAACAUUAAAUUCUCAGGCAAGAGCCCUGUUGGACGUUCUUGCAGUCAGCAUGCUAAUAGCAUGUUUCCUCAUUUUGACACAUCUGUGGUAUCGUGUUGUGUGACAACUGCACAUUUUAGAGUGGCCUUUUAUUGUCCCCAGCACAAGGUGUACCUGUGUAAUGAUCACGCUGUUUAAUUAGCUUCUUGAUAUGCCACCUGUCAUGUGUAUAAAUUACCGUGACAAUUUAGAAAUGCCCACUAAUAGGAUGUAAACAAAUUUGUGCUCAAAAUUUGAGAGACAAGCUUUUUGUGCCAAUGGAACAUUUCUGGGAUAUUUCAGUUCAUGACACAUGGGACCAACACUUUGCAUGUUACAUUUAUAUUUUUGUUCAGUAUAGAAGGGCUGCUGUCAGAGUGGUUUCCUUAGCUUUAUACUUGAUAAACUGGUGCUUUUCCUAUUAAUGGGGAAGAGGAGGGAUACACGCAUAGUCAUUACAUACUGUGGUUUUCUGACCAAUUAUGAUACCCAAAACAGAACUGAGAAUAUUACAUUUGAUGUUUUUAAUCGAUGGAUGGUGUAUGAUAUGUACAACUCUGACUGUGGGGGACAGGCGCGGUCUAUUUUUAAAGGAAGCGAGGAAUUGGCUGAAUGUUUUUGGCCUUGUAUUCAAGGUAGUAAUAAUCAAAGUUGGGAUUGUGAAGUUCGUAAACUUGUGAGAGGUUUUAUAUUCUGUAAUUAAUAGACAGAUGACUGGAAUGACUGAAAUACUUUUAAUGUAUGGCAACGCAGCUUCUUAUUUGUAUCCAGAUCUUGACAUUUUUAAUAUUCACUGCCUUUACAUUAGUUGGAUAAAAUGACGUCGCUUGAAGCUUUUUGCCUGUCAAAAACACCAGUCUGAGAAUGUAUUUCAGGAUUAUUUGUGUAAUACUUAUUGCAUUUAACUCUUUAUUUUUCAAUUUUUAAAAAACUUUAAGUAUAACUUAUUUCAAUGGAAUGUUGUUUUGCAUACAGUUGGUUUCUGACACAAAGAAAUGUCAAUGAUUAAUUGUUUUUAUUUAAAAUUAAGGUAAAGUAAUUGAACACUUAAUUUAAUCUCCAGCAUUUUUCUUUGUUGUGCACCCAAACUUCCUGAGGUACAGGGUUGAGGGUCAAUCAAUUUAAAUUCAGUCAAUCCAAAAAACAUCUACUUCAAUUAUCCUCAGUGCUUCUCUGAAACAUGUUUAAUUAGAAUUUCAGUUUACUUCCUGAAUUGACUGAGUUGAUUAACUCCAACCCUGUUGAGCCGCUCAUGCUGUAGAAGUGAAAUCAUCUAUGCUUUGUCUGGUAAUAACCCUGUAUACGAGGCCUCUUCAUAGUCGAUUGGCUACAGUAGCUUUACCUGCUGGGCUUUUGGCUUACUUGGUUCUGAGGAGUAAAUCAACUCAAGGCCCGGGCUUUCCUCAUCUUUAUGUUCUUGAAGGCCAGUACCACCAUGUAAGGAAUAUCGGUCUGAAUACAUCAAAUAAAUCUGUGACUUUAAUUUAUGUUAAUAGAAGUAUAUAUUAACAAUAGUAAGCCUUUCAUGGUUUUUGUUAUCUUAAUGCAGUGGUGUCUUUUAAAAAAAUCUUACAACAGAGGUUUGAAUGUUCAUCAAAGAUGCUACCAAAUUGGUUUCAACCAAAUGUAUACUGUCAUUGAUUUUUAGACAAUGGUCAAUAGUUCGCCUAUUAAUCUUUUUAUGAUUAUUUUCAUGAUGUUUUGUAGCUUAACUUUCUAGUGUGUCAGCUAAAAGCGUCAUUGACUCAUGACGAUCAUAUGUUAACUCAACAGGCUCUGCAGCACUACUUUGGAGAGCCUGGUUGGUUGAUCUGGCUGUUGUUUACAAAAUUAUAUAUAAGAUAUUGGAGAAAGAUUUAAAGUAUUCUAAAUAUGAAUAAAGCACUUUUCAUGUUGA